AUGCAAACGGAAAAUAAAAAAAAUAAUUUGGUAGAUACCGAUAUUGGUGGAACAACAAAUCGUCGGUCAAAUAUUGAAUUAAUUAAUCAGACAACAAAUAAUCAUAUCGUCGAUAGAUAUAUAUGUGGAACAAGAGUGGUACGUGGUCCUGAUUGGAAAUAUGGAAAGCAAGACGGUGGAGAAGGACAUUGCGGAACGGUAAAAUCAUUUGAAAAUGAAGAAAACAAUGAACAACAAGAAGUGACUGUUGUUUGGGAUCAUGGUGAAGUUGGUAGGCAUUAUCGAUGUCGAACACAUUUCGAUUUAAGAGUAUUAGAUAAUAGUGCAACGGGUAUUUUUCAUGAUAAUUCCGUUUGCUCAGGAUGUGGACAAACUCCAGUAUAUGGUAUUCGCUGGCAUUGUGGUGAUUGUCCGAAUGUUGAUCUUUGUUCUAUGUGUUAUCAUGGUGAUCGACAUAAUACUCGUCAUCGAUUCUGUCGUAUUGCAACUCCACAUGGCGAAAAAAUUCUAAUUGAUCCAAGACGAAAAUCAAAAAAAUUAGCCUAUCGUGGACUUUAUCCUGGCGCAAAAGUUUUUCGUGGUGUAGAUUGGAACUAUGGUGAUCAAGAUUCUGGAGAGAAGAAAAGUGGUAAAAUUAUUGAAAUUCAAGAUUGGUCAAAAACACAUCCACGUAGUGCAGCUUAUGUAGUUUGGGAUAAUGAUCGAGAGAAUUUGUAUCGCGUAGGAUUUGAUGGGAUGAUUGAUUUACGUGUUCUAUCACCAGGAAAAGGUGGCUAUUAUUAUCCUGAUCAUGCUCCAUCACUUGGUGAAGCAUAUUAUGCUCGAGAAACUUUAUCCACUGGAUUAACACAUGAAAUGUAUCAACAAUUUCAAGUGGGUGACUAUGUUAAUAUUGAUUUAGAACUUGAAAUCGUUCAAUCACUACAGCAUGGUCAUGGUGGUUGGACCGAUAAUAUGUUUGAAUGUUUGGGUACAACAGGUGCAGUUCAAAGUCUUGAUGAAGAUCAUGAUGUUGUUGUUGCUUUUCCGAGUGGAAAUCGAUGGACAUUAAAUCCAGCUUUGUUAACCCGAGUUGAAAUAACGCCCGAACAAGCAACAGCUAUGCAGCGACAAAAAACAGCUGCCAAUAUAGCAAGAACAACAGCUUCUGCAGGACUUACUCAAGCAUUGAAAGUCGAAGAUAUGGUUCAAAUUUGUAGUGAUUUAGAAAGAAUUAAAAUAUUUCAGCGGGGACAUGGUGAAUGGGCUGAAGCUAUGGUGCCAGCACUUGGAAAAGUUGGUCGAGUUGUUCACGUAUAUGCUGAUGGUGAUGUUAAAGUGCAAGUUGGUGGUGGUUGUUGGAUUUUCAAUCCGCUUGCUGUUACUAAAGCUACAACGUCGUUUGGUCUAGAUGAUGUUCCUGAAGAACGACUUAAUGCCAUGCUGAAAAAGUUAUUCAGUGCACAAAUUACCGGUGACGUUCAUGAAGAACUAGUCAAAGCAGCAGCCAACGGUGAUACUAGAAGAGUAGAAGAAUUAAUCAAACGAACUAACGUUGAUGUCAACGGUAUUUUUGCUGGUCAUACACCGUUACAAGCAGCAGCUCAAAAUGGACAUUUAGAUAUUAUUCGUUUACUCAUUCAACAUGAUGCUAAUUUAGAAAUUGAAGAUAAAGAUGGCGAUCGAGCUGUACAUCAUGCUGCAUUUGGUGACGCAGCAGAAGUAUUAGAAUUACUCGCAAAAUCUGGUGCCGAUUUGAAUUCUCGAAAUAAAAAACGACAAACACCAUUACAUAUUGGUGUUUGUAAAGGCCAUUUUGAUGUAUGUAAAAUUCUUCUAUCAAAUAAUGUUCAUCCUGGCAUACAAGAUUCAGAUGGUGAUACACCAUUGCAUGACGCUAUAUCAAAACGUCGUGAUGAUUUAAUCAUUAUUUUACUUGAACACAAUGCUGAUGUAGCUACAUGUAAUAACAAUGGUUUCAAUGCAAUUCAUCAUUCUGCUUUACGUGGCAAUUCAUCUGCGAUUGAACUUAUACUUGCAAAAAUUCAAAAUCGGCAAUGGCUUGUUGACGAGAAAAAAGAUGAUGGUUUCACAGCUUUACAUUUAGCGGCUCUUAAUGAUCAUUGCUUUGUUGCUGAAUUACUUAUAACUAAAGGAAAUGCAUCAAUUAAUGUACAGAACAGUAGUUUACAAACUGCUCUUCAUUUAGCUGUUGGUCGACAACAUUUACAAAUUGUAAAUUUAUUAUGCAGUAAAGCUGCUAAUGUAAAUUUAACUGACAAAGAUGGUGACACAUGUCUACACGAAGCUUUAAGACAUCAUACAUUAUCACAACUAAAACAGUUACAAGACGCUGGAGAUGGUGGAAGAUUGACAAAUAUAUUUACAAAUUCAAAUGGCUACGAUAAAAGACCAAGUGUAGCUAUUGCUUGCACGUUAGUUGCACACGGUGCAGAUUUAACUGCAAGAAAUAAGAAAAAUCAAAAGCCAUUUGAUCUAUGUCCAGAUCCACAUUUGUGUCGAAUGUUAACAGAAAAACACAUUGAAUAUAACCGUGAGAAUAAUUAUGAUCAACAAAUAAAACAAAAUAAUACGUUCACUGAAUGUCUUGUUUGUUCCGAUAAUGAACGAGAUACAUUAUUUCAGCCAUGCUCACAUGUUGUUACAUGUCAUCUAUGCGCUAGUCGAGUUAAGAAAUGUUUAUUAUGUAAAGAAAAUAUACAAUCAAGAAUUAAAAUUGAACAAUGUAAAAUGUGUUCUCAACGUAAAGCAUCUGUGAUGUAUAAACCAUGUGGGCAUCUAAUUGCUUGUGAAGAAUGUGCUCGCCUAAUGGAAAAAUGUUUUGUAUGUCGAGUGACGAUUGAUUCAACAGUGUCAUUCGUUGAACUUUGUUGUGGAAUUAAUGAUAAUACUUCACUAAAGUCCGAAGUACCAUCAACAACAACAGCGGCAGCGGCAGCAGCAGCAGCAACACCGAUGUCAUCAAAUGAAGUUAGCGAUACAUUAGCUUUAGCUCGUUUACAGCAACAAUUGCAAGAAAUUCGCGAGCAAGUACAUUGUCCGAUUUGUAUGGAUCGUUUAAAAAAUAUGGUCUUUUUAUGUGGUCAUGGUGUUUGUCAAAAUUGUGGUGAUCGUGUACAAGAAUGUCCCAUAUGUCGAAAGCCUAUUGAAAAAUCUAUUAUUUUGUAUACUUAA